AUGUGGAUUUCGUCGAAAGUGAUCCUCGUCUUCGGAUUGGCGUCGAGGAGGCAGAAUAGGAAGCAGUGGAGAUUUGGCAAGGUCCAUUUCGGGCACACGAAGCCGCGAUCGUGCUCAAAGCCUGAUUCGAGCUUUGACGACUACUGCCCUCUUCGUCACCAUCUAGAUUUUUCGUCGAUGAAGAAAAACGGCAACAAAAAAGUGAGGCGGAGGUUGAAGUGA